AUGUGUUCUCUCGCUGUUCUUCUUUCGUCCUCUUUCCCCCGCGUCUUCUCAGACAAAUGCGACGGCCCGCACGCCAGCCAGCAUCGUGAAGCACGUACGCCCUACUACGCGGACCUGCGCGGCAACAGCGCAGCCCCGCGAGGGAAACACUGCUGGCUCCCGGCUUCCCCGGGAAUGCGGGGAAAAAGGCCCCGACACCACGGCGGCGGUCUCCCGUUGGGUUCUUCGCUUCGUACUGGUGGACUCCUGAUGGUGUGUCGCCCGGUCCGCCCACACGACCCUGGGCGGCGCGGAGGUGACUGGCGGUGUCGCCCCUGCCCGACAGGCCCGGCAAUCGACCGUGAUACGCGCAACGCCGGCACCCAAGUGUAUUUUUCGCCGCGGCCUCCGCGUCAGGCGCGCCGCUCCUGCGGGAACGUCGCUGGCGUUGCGGGGCGCGCCCCGAUAUGCGUUGGUGGCGCGGGAAGGCGCUCUUUCCACCAACGGAGAGAAGACCCUCGUGACGAGUGGGCUUCUUAUGUAAGUAACUCGGGAAAUCUGAGUGUGUCACUGACGAGCCAACGGGGGAAUCGUUAG